GAAUCUGGAGAUAUAUUCACAAUGAAUAUCAUCAAACCUUUAUCUUUCGCAGUCAGAUCAUGCCCAUUAAAACAGUGUAUAUGGAAAGGCUGAACAGCCCCUUGUUGAUCAUCACAGACCUCGGUAAAUACCAACCAAUCAAUUGCCACAGUUCGGAAGAUAUCAUUCAGGGGCCUCUCCCUCCCUCCAGUUAGAAGAUUUGUUCCCCAGGUCGCGAACAUGGGCCAUCCUGAAGGGGGAAACCUCAAGAUCUAUGUCGAUUGUGUCUCACCUUAUUCCUGGUUCGGCUUCACCAAUAUCAUCAAACAUCGACCCUUUCUCAACAAAUAUGGUGUAUCAGUCGAGAUAAUCCCGUUUUUCCUCGGCGGCGCUCGCGAAGGUGCUGGCAACAAAUUUGAACCGACCCCGAAGUUCCGAGAAGCCUUUGCAGCUCAAGACUCGGAGCUGACGGGAGAAUUGCUAGGAUUGAAGGUUGUGCGACCGGAAAUCUGGCCCAUUUUUUCACUCUUUCCUGUGCGUGUUGCGACAUGGAUAAAAGAUCAUUAUCCUGCGGAGAAGUUUGAGGCAACUUUCCCAGCAUUCAGUACGGCAUACUGGAGUAAAGGUAUCGAUAUCUCCAAGCCCGAAGGUGUUGUCAAAGCGUUGGAUGGUAUUUUUCCAGAGGAUGAGAUCAAGGAGAUCAUGAAAAAUGCUGUAACCCCGGAAAACAAGAAGAAAGUUGUCGAUGUGACCAUGGGUACGGGUGCCUUUGGGGCUCCGUGGAUCACAGCUGUCAAUUCGGAGGGAAAGAGACGGGACUGGUUUGGAAAUGAUCGAUGGGACCAAGUCUUUUAUCAUCUCCAGGUUCCAUUCACUCCGGUCAAGAUAAUACCGCCAGAGGACGUGAAGGCGAAAUUGUGAAAAUGUCAGCUGCCUGAAGAGUGGUCUGGGAAGGCCGCAAUCGACAGGAGCAUGCCGCUUUGUUGUACUGGGAAGGAGCGUCUUUAUCUUGCUUUGAUCGACCUCUCAUGGGGUUAUUGACCGUGUGUGUCUGCGCAAGCAGAAAGCAGCCAUGUUUCAGCCUUCAACAUAGCAGCGUA